AUGGCCCCUUUCUCAAAGUCUAUCCCAAUCGCAAUCAUCGGCGACGGCGCCUUCGGCCUGUCCACAGCCCUACACCUCGUGCAAAACGGCUAUACAGACAUCACCGUCUUGGAGCAAGAUGAGAAGAUUCCUCCGCCAUACUCUGCCGCCAAUUAUCUCAAUAAGAUCGUGCGGGAAGAGUACGAGGAUCCAUUUUACACGAAUUUGACUGUACUCUGCCCGAUGGGCAGCGGGUAUAUCAAUACCGACAAGGCGACUGGCGUCUCGCACUCGCCCUUCCCUGUGAACCAAGAGGCAUCUAGCGGGUUCUUGCCAGCCGAAGACGAAACCCGGAUUCGCAAAUUGCUCCAGCAGACAUUACCGGCUUUAGCGAAUAGACCGCUUGUGCUGAAGAGUCUGUGCUGGUUUGCGGAUACGAAAGACAGCGACUUUAUUAUCGAUUUCGUGCCAGGGAGUAAGGGAAGUGUUGUUAUCGAGUCAGCGGACUCGGGCCACGGGUUUAAGAUGUUUCCCAUAGUGGGGAGCUGGACAAGUUUGCUUUCGAAGAGACACACCCCCAACUCCAUUCAUAGCGGAAAACCUAACCGUAGGUAUAGACCCUCGGCAAGCGCCCCGAUCUCGGGAUCUCCGAUAAACACCAGCCUAUGCUCUAUCGUAUCAAUAAACACUGGUAUGCUGUUAUGCUGUUAUGACCCAAUAAAUCCCAACUUGGACUCCUAUCCUUUCCAUCACCAGUUCUCAAAUAUUGCCACUCUGCCGCGACCCUGA